CUAAGCCAAUGGGAAUCGCAAGAGGCGACAAAUGGGCGGGACUUCUGCCAUUUGCGGCCGCAAACGUUGUUGUUGGAAGAGAAGUCGAUUCAAGAAGCCAUUACGCUGCGCAAUUGUGUCGGGACAAAAACGUACUAUUUUUACGUAUUCUACGCAAUAUUUUUACCUCCCCCCCCCCCAACCCAAUUAUGGCAUCUCAGGCCAAAAAGAGAAAAACGAAUUUCUCCGAAAGGGAGGUGGAGAUCAUCGUGGAGGAGAUGGAGAAGCAAAAGCACAUUUUAGUGAAUCAUUUUAACGCGGGCGUCACGCACAUCGCCAAGAACAGCGCGUGGGUGGAGAUCCUGAAGCGCGUGAAUGCCGUGAGCACCUGCCAGCGAGAGCUCGCGGAGGUCAAGAAGAAAUGGUCCGAUCUGAAGACGGAGGUGCGGCGCAAAGUGGCGCAGGCGCGGGCGGCCAUGGAGGGCACGGGUGACUGCAGCAGCGUGCCGGUCAUCCUGAGCUCCAUGCAGCAGCGCAUCUGCAAUCUGCUCGGAGAAGCGACCAUCAUCAGCCUCCCGGCGGCGGACGCGGAGAUCGCGGUGCCCAUCAGCUCCGCAGCCAGCGCCGCGUUAACGCAAAGUAAGACAGUAGCGUUACUGCUGCGUAACUUCACGUGCGUGCAGUCGCACUGCUGUUACACUUAA